AUGCGCAAAGCUCACUAUAUGCUCGAUCGAGAUCUUAAAUACAAAUUUACUGCACAAUCAAUUGAUAAACAUACUAUGAAUUUAAAUUUAACAAGUCCAUCAAUUUAUCUUAAAGAAGGUAUAACAAAUAUUAAUUCUCGACGUUCAUUUGAUCGACACAUUUAUGAAUCAAAACAAGCCAAACAAAAACUUGAAGAUCAAUUAUAUGAUAUUGAUCUAUUAAUUAAUCAACUUGAAGAAAAUAUUAAAAAUACUGAAAAAGGUAUACAUGAUAAAGAGCAAUGUUUAAAAUUGACUCGUACACGUCUUGAUAUUCGUCAUAAACGACCUAAUGUUGACCUUUUUUAUAAUGCACCGCAAAAAUGUCUUAUAGAAGAAAUUCGAGUGAUUGAAUGUCAAAUACAAAAACGUCAAGAACAUUUGGCUGAAUCGGAUGUAGGUUUACGGAAUUUAAAUCUCGAUAAAUUAAUAUUAGAAAAAGAUAUUGAAACAAAAACGAAUACGAUAUUUGUUGAUGAAGUCGAAUGUCAUGAAAGUUUACGAACAUUAAUUUCAGUUGAAGAUUGGUAA